CCAACAACAGAGAACGUGAAAACGGUUUCGGAGUUCGGGUCGACCCGAGGUACGAGGUUACCUCCGCCAUGAGUUACAGCGGCGAAACAUGGGACUUCCGAAACCUUAAGGUAAUAUCGGCCGUGGGACGCGGUGCAAAAGGCGUUGUGUUCCUUGCGAGAACCUACGGAUCAUCGAAAGAGGAAUGGAUGGCUUUGAAAGUUAUAUCUAAAGAACUUCUUCAGAAGAAAAAUAAAAACCAAACAGGUCAAUGCAAAAGGGUCACGUUUGAACAACAAAUACUACGUCGUUUUGAUCAUCCUCUUUUGCCACGAUUAAAAGGUGUUUUUGAAACUGAGAAUCUUAUUGGAUUCGCCAUUGAUUAUUGUCAUGGUGGAAAUUUGCAUUCUCUUAGAAAGAAACAGCCUCAGAAGAUAUUCUCUGAAGAAAUUAUUAGGUUUUAUGCUGUGGAAUUGGUCUUAGCAUUGGAGUACCUACACAAUUUAGGAGUAGUUUAUAGAGAUUUGAAACCAGAGAACAUCAUGAUUCAACAAACGGGUCAUAUAAUGCUUGUAGAUUUCGACCUAUCCAAGAAACUUAACCCAAAAUCACUGAGUUGCAACUCGUCACCAGGUUCCAACUCGCCAAAUGUAACAACAGAUAAGAAGAGAUGGUUAGUGCGGUUUUAUCAUUCUUUUCAUUGCCAUUCUAGAUUACCAAGUUUCGACUCGGAGAAUCAACUCGAUCCAAACUCGGUGUGUAAAAGGAGCGAGUCAGACUCGGUUGAGAAGUCAAACUCGUUCGUGGGAACCGAGGAUUACGUGGCACCUGAGGUUAUUUUAGGAAAUGGACAUAACUUUAGCGUUGAUUGGUGGUCACUCGGUGUUGUUUUGUAUGAGUUAUUUUACGGAACGACGCCGUUUAGUAGUCCUAAUAGAAAGGAAACGUUCCACCGGAUUUUGACAAAUGAGCCUGAACAAAAUAGUGAAACAACGCCGUUGAAGGAUUUGAUCACGAAGUUACUUGAAAAAGAUCCUGACCGUAGGAUUCAGGUUGAUGAAAUAAAGGGUCAUGAUUUUUUCAAAGGUGUGGAGUGGAACACGGUGUUGCAAAUAGCACGUCCACCGUAUAUUCCGCAUAAUGAAGUUGAGGAUAAAAAUGGGUUUUCAAGAAAAGAUGUUGAGUCGUUUGUUCAUGGAAUAUUUUUUCCAAAGAAUAGUAAUAAUGGUGAAUUAGAGAAAAAUAAAGAGGAGGUGAGAAAAACUGAUGGAAAAGAGAAGGAAGGUAAUAGCAAUGACAAUGGUAAGAAGAAUGUGUGGGUUGAGAAGUUAAGUCAGAAUCAAACUAAGAAUGACAAUUUUUUGAUUUUUUGAUUUUUAGUUUCCAUUUUUUAAAUUCUUUUAUUUUUCUUCAUUGUAAAUGUCAUUUCUAUUUUAAUAUUUAUGAAGAAAAAAUACACUUUGUUUUCGUAUUGUUCA